AUGGGUGGGAAAGCCAGUUUGAAGAUUGUCAGCCUGGUCACCAUCGCAAUAUGUACCAUCACGAUUAUUGCCGACUUUAUUAGUAUGCUGCACCGCCCCAAAAGCCUCAACGGUGCGACUGGCAGCGUAACUACUAAAGUUCCACGAUCGAGCAUCGCGAAGCUCUCGAUGCUUUAUGGGGAGCCUAAUCCUCUCUAUGAACGAGCGUUGGCCGCCCAUCUCCCACACAACAAAAACUUCGGAUACAAUAUGUACGUUCUGAGAGAAAAGACCCUGCCAGGUUAUUGGUCCAAGCCGGCGUUUAUUCUUGACCAACUGCUUGCUGAAUUGGCCCUGCCAGCAGAGGAGCGACUGAAAUGGUUGGUAUGGUUCGACGGAGACACGGUGUUGAUGAACCCGAAAAUCCCCUUGGAAAUCUUCUUACCCCCAGAGGACAAAUGGGGCCAUAUUCAUGCCUUGGUCACCAACGACCAUCGAGGACUGAACAACGGCGUAUUUUUCCUGCGGGUGCAUGAAUGGUCGGUCUGGCUGAUGACGGCCACACUGGGAUUGGAGAUUUAUGAACCUGGGAUUGAGCUGGAAUUCGGAGACCAGUCAGCGAUGGGAAUCUGGGUGUUGGACGAACGAUUCCGUCCAAACAUCACGCAUGUGCCACAGAGGUGGUUCAAUGCCUAUGCUGGCAAUCGUGGUGAGACCAAUGGGUUGUUUGCGGACCCCUUCGCACCACAGUCCAAAUUCCAUGCCAAUUCGAUCAAAGAGGGAGACCUGCUUGUCCACCAUGCCGGUCACAAAUCCCUCAGAGCACAACGCAUGGCACCGUGGAUGGAUGUUGCAGAGAUGCAUCUGCCACAGUGGGAGUUGGAGCUGGAGGAGACGACAUACCAGCAGGAAAUCACCGAGUUCUGGCAGACCGAGGCGCCAGAAGAGAGGAAGCGAGUCGACAAGAUGAUUGCACAGGAAGAGAAGAAGAAGGCGGCGAAAGAAAGGGCAGCAAAGGAAAAGGAAGAGCAGAAGAAGGGAGCGGCAGAGGGCAAGUGA